AUGGCCGCCCACGAAUCCGUGCUACACGGCGACAUGAAGUCAACCCCCGCCGAGGACGAUACUCAAGACCACAUCGGGUCGAACGGGUCAACACCCACACCGACAGGAAUCGCUACUCCCGAGCCGGACCCCGCGGACAAGCGUGUGCCUUCCCUCAUGCACAACUACUUCCAGGUUGGUUCUUUCUCCGGUGCAAAAGCGAGCCCGCGGCUCUGGUCGUGCCUAUCGAAGCCAUCCGAGGAAUCACCCAAUGCGCAUACCCACCACUCGUCCAGUUCCUCUGAGUCCUUUGUGAUGAUGGAGCAGGAUGACGCAUCCGAGAAAAUGGAGGACGAACAGUCCAGCUUGCCAACCCCUCCCCAUUCCCUGUUACAACAUGAUUCAGAUGAUAUGGAGCUUGGGACGAGUCCUGGAGUGUCGUCUAUCUUUACCACCCUGAAGAAAUAUCUUGUUCCACCCACAAUCACCCCUCCCGAUGAGAGUCCUUCCCGUCGUCAAACCUCGCACCCAGUCUCCAGUGUCUCUGAUGACUCUGUUCUUGCCCCACAUUUUUCCAAUCCUUCCCUCCCUCCCUCCUCGGAUGAUGUUUCCCUGACCGACGCUCCCCUCCUGGACCAUGAGAAGCCGCAUGUUUCAGUAUCUUCCGAGAAUCUUGCCAAGCUAACUGGAAACGCACCCGAUGGGUCGCGCCUUAAGAACACUCCACCUCUUACUCCCCGGGCCAUGUCAAACGAAGCCGCCUCACAAAAGUCCGUUACGUCGGCCCCGCAAGAGACCUGCCAAGAGACCCCGCCAGAGCCCUCUCCCGAGUCGAAGCCGGAGAACAUGGAAACCUCCACGGACGAGAUCACCAUGAAGCUCGAUGAAGCAUUCCCUUCCCAGUCUUCAUCGUCCCCAGCCAACGGCGCACCCACGGGCCCGAUCAAUGGUAAAUUGUUUGUGAAGAUCACAGAUGGCCGAGGGUUAAGGCCGAGUUUCGACCCGUAUGUGGUUUGUGUUUUUGAGUGGAAUGAGUACAUCUCGAAGGGUGCCCGCGACGGUGAAGAAGAAACGAAACGGCGCCAGCAGGAGUCAGAUGCAGAGGAGGCUGCUGGUCGGCCAAUGGCCAUUCCCUUGAAAUCAAGAUCCAGCAGCCAAAACACUAUCGCUGAAGGUGAUCAUAAGGGUCGGACUCCCGUAACAGAUCCUCAUUGGGAUCACGAGGCAACCUUUGAUGUGAUGGGUGAUCAGUCAGAACUUGAUGUCACAGUGUAUGACCGAAAUAACCAAGAAGCUUUCCUGGGCCACGUUCGCCUUUGUAUCAACCUCAAGGAAGAUCACAGUCGACUUGAAGGCUGGUUCCCCUUGGUUGCCCGUGGUGACGGAGACAACCAAGUGUCGGGUGAGAUUCAUCUCGAUAUGAACUUCGAAAAGACAGAUCGGAAACAGGUGGGACCGAACGACUUCCUCAUCCUCAAACUUAUCGGCAAGGGAACCUUCGGUCAGGUCUACCAAGUUAAGAAGAAGGAUACUCAGCGUAUUUAUGCGAUGAAGGUCCUCUCUAAGAAGGUCAUCAUCCAAAAGAAGGAGGUGGUACACACACUCGGCGAGCGCAAUAUCUUAGUCCGCACCGCCAUGACGGCAUCCCCAUUCAUUGUCGGCCUCAAGUUCUCUUUCCAGACCCCUACAGAUCUAUAUCUCGUCACAGAUUACAUGUCCGGUGGCGAACUGUUCUGGCAUUUGCAGCGCGAAGGUCGAUUCCAGGAGGCAAGGGCCAAGUUCUAUAUUGCCGAGUUAAUUCUCGCUCUCCAGCACCUUCACGACCACGAUAUUGUCUACCGUGACUUGAAGCCCGAGAACAUCCUUUUGGACGCAAACGGUCACAUUGCACUGUGUGAUUUCGGUCUGUCAAAGGCCAACCUUGCCUCAGACGACACUACCAAUACAUUCUGCGGUACCACCGAGUAUCUGGCUCCAGAGGUUUUACUCGAUGAACAGGGUUACACCAAGAUGGUCGACUUCUGGUCCCUGGGUGUUCUAGUCUUUGAGAUGUGCUGCGGCUGGAGUCCGUUCUACGCCGAGGAUACCCAGCAAAUGUACAAGAACAUUGCGUUCGGCAAAGUCAGAUUCCCCCGUGAUGCUCUCAGCACGGAGGGUCGCAACUUUGUUAAGGGACUGCUGAACCGCAAUCCCAAGCACCGACUCGGAGCUAAUGGCGAUGCCAAGGAGCUAAUGGAGCAUCCUUUCUUCUCCGACAUCAACUGGGACACACUCUGCCGUAAGCAAGUCAUCCCGCCAUUCAAGCCCCAGUUGCAAUCCGACACCGACACUUCGAACUUCGAUCCCGAAUUCACAAACGCACUGGAGAUGAACAACUCCCUCAACCUCCGCGCUGCAGCAUUGGCCAAUGGCCUCAUGCCGGCCUCCACCCCCUUGUCGCCCGGCAUGCAAGCCAACUUCAAGGGGUUCACCUUUGUGAACGAGAGCUCCAUCGACCACCACCUUAUGGACGACAGUGACCAUAUGGAAGAAGAUGGCUUGCAUGACCACGAGUGGCAACGAGGCCACCGCUCCGGCAACUCUGUCGAUCACCACGUCCCUGUUUCCCACAAGGCACACGACGGCACCGAGUCCGGGAUUUUCAACGUUGACGAUACCUUUGACAUGUGA